AUGGCGGCCGACGGGGACUGGCAGGAUUUCGACGGGUUCCGGGGGGCGCCGCGGAGCGCCCCGGGCCGGGACGAGGGUCCCGCGGGCGCCGAGGCGGGGGCCGGGCCGGGCGGGGGCGGCGGCGGCGGCGGCGCGGGCUUCCGGGCGCUGAGCUGCAGCCUGGAGGAGAAGCUGAGCCGCUGCUUCCGCCCCGCCGGGCCGGGCGCCGAGACCCCGCGCGCCGCCCCGGGGCCCAUCACGGAGCGCGGCCUGCUGCGGGGGGACGAGAUCUGGAAUGCACUGACGGAUAACUUCGGGAACGCCAUGCCUGUGGACUGGAAGUCCUCACACACCAGGACCCUGCACCUGCUCACUCUGAACCUCUCCGAAAAAGGGCUGGGUGACCGCCUGCUCCUGGAGGCGGCGGACGACGAGGAACUGCGGGAGCAGCUGGACAUGCACUCCAUCAUCGUGUCCUGCGUGAACGAGGAGCCGCUCUUCACGGCCGACCAGGUCAUCGAGGAAAUCGAAGAGAUGAUGCAGGAGUCCCCCGACCUGGAGGACGACGAGGCCCCCGCGCAGCCCGACCGGCUGUCCACGCUCUCCCGGGAGAUCCAGACGCUGCAGCCGGCCGGCGACGGCUACGAAGCACGGGUGAGGCGGCUCCCGGCCUCGGAGCUCACGGAGCUGCUGGAGCAGAUCGAGAACGCCAUCAAGGAGUUCUCGGAGGAGCUGGUGCAGCAGCUGGCCCUGCGCGACGAGCUGGAGUUCGAGAAGGAGGUGAAGAACAGCUUCAUCUCCGUGCUCAUCGCCGUGCAGAACCGGCAGAAGGAGCACCGGGAGACCGCCAAGAAGAAGAAGAAGCUCAAGAACGGCGGCGCGCAGAACGGGAGGCACGAGCGGGGCCACGCGCCGGGCACCCGCUUCAGCAUGGACGGGAUCUCAAAUGUCUUUCAGCACGGCUUCCGCCACACCUUUGGGAACGCGGGUGCAGACAAACAGUACCUGACGACAGUCAUUCCUUACGAGAGGAAGAACGGGCCGCCGUCCGUGGAGGACCUGCAGAUACUGACCAAAAUUCUCCGUGCCAUGAAGGAGGACAGUGAGAAGGUGCCCAGCCUGCUGACGGAUUACAUUCUGAAAGUGCUGUGUCCCACCUAGGGGCCGCCCCGCGCCCCCCAGCGCCUCGCACCCGGCUCCUCCGUGACUCAGUAUUAGCGGACCCCGCCCUGCCCUGCCCGCUCGGACUCCGCAGGGGGCUCCGCACCGCGACCUCCCCUCCCCCCCCGGACUCUGCAGAGUGGGGGGCCGCAGGAGCUCGCCCCACGCGUGCUCCGGGCCCCUGGAACUUUCCGGUUGGAAACGGGCCCGCAGCGGGGGUCCCGGGGUCGCUGCCGCUCGCAGUAUUACCCGGUGGCAUCGCCUACCCGGGCAUCACGGCCGUCCCACGCCUCCAGUGACGUCAGAGCCCUGGGCCUCCAGUGACGUCAGAGCCCUGGGGGGCGGAGGGGCGCGGACCGCUCGCCCCCAGGGUCUGGCUGGGGGCGGGGUGCCGCCAAGGGUCUCCUGGCCCUCGCACGUGCGCAGAGGCGGGUGCGGGGACCCCCGGCCGCUCCCCGGGCUCGCUCCGUGCUCCCCCGCGCUCCUGGCACUGAUUCCAGAACCGUCUCGGCACGGGGACGCCCCGCCC